AUGUUUUCGUUGCGCGCCCUGUCACGUGCCAAACCAACCACAACCCAUCAUCCCCGGACUCUCUGUAGAGCCUUUGCAUCCAGCACACGCCUCAAUGCUGACUUCACACACGCCGUAGUGGGCGGCGGCGUCGUCGGGCUCGCCAUAGCACGGAAACUACAGUCUCGCCCCUCAGCGUCAACGGUGCUGAUUGAAAAACACAGCGCAGCAGGCACAGAAACCAGUUCGCGCAACAGCGAAGUCAUACACGCCGGCCUCUACUACGGGCCGUCAUCCCUUAAAACCAAGCUCUGUCUGCGCGGCAAGCAACUCCUAUAUGAGCUCUGCGCCAAACACGGCAUUCCGCACCGCAACACGGGGAAAUGGAUCGUAGCGCAGGACGCCUCGCAAAUGGGUGCGCUGGAGCAAAUCCACGACUUUGCAAAAAGCAUCGACGUGCCCACGAGGUUCCUUAGUAAAAACGAAGCCAGCACCCGCGAGCCCGACGUCCGCGCCGAAGCAGGCGUGCUCGAGAGUGCAUCGACGGGCAUCGUGGAUUCCCACAGCCUGAUGCAGUACCUAGAAGGGGAUUUCGAGAACAGCGGCGGCAUCUGCGCCUUCAAUUCGCCCGUCACGCGUAUCACGCCGAUCGAUGCUGGGCGCGGCGGCUGGGAAAUCAGCACCACGACGGCGACGACAAACGACGGCGACGACGACGACACAACGAGUAUCACAGCGGAAACACUAAUCAACGCCGCAGGGCUCCACGCCGUCGCCCUCUCCAACUCCAUCCUGCCAGCUGACCGCCAGAAAAAAGCCUUCUACGCAAAAGGAUCUUACUUUUCGUACGCGGCCUCUCGACCCCGCGUCAACACGCUCAUCUACCCGGCUCCGGUGCCCGGCCACGCAGGCCUCGGCACACACCUUACGCUGGAUCUCUCGGGCCGCAUUCGCUUCGGGCCCGACGUCCAGUGGACAGACUCGCCCUCCGACUACGCGCCCAACACGGCCAGCCUGCCCGCCGCCAUCGCAGACAUCAAGCUGUACCUGCCGCGCGUGGACCCCACCGCCAUUGCUCCGGAUUACGUGGGCAUUCGCCCCAAGCUCGGCAAGCUGGCCGCAACAAGUGGUCCCGAUUUCCAGGAUUUCUACAUUGUGCGAGAGCAAGGGUUCGAGGCGUGGGUCAAUUUACUCGCCAUUGAGAGUCCCGGGCUUACCAGUUGCUUGGCGAUUGCUGAGGAGGUGGAGCGUUUGUUGUAUGCAUGAAUCUUCUUCUUUUUCUCCUUUUCGAAUUGAUCUUGGGCGUGAACAUUCUGUGCCUUGUAGAAAUAAUCAAUUGGUGGUGGUAUAUUGGAAUCUAGCGCGUGAUGGGUUUACAAACGACAUAAAUGUACAACAUGGCAUGUCG